AUGUCGUUGGAGAUUUUAGCUCAAGAAAAAGUGUGGCUCGAUAAAUCAAAAUAUGCUGAUGCAGAACGUGUGUAUUAUGAAAGACUAUCAAAGCUGAGAAUGAACAAAAACGACUUGGUUCAUAAGAACGCCAACGGCGCGCUGCUCCAACAAUUGGAUAAAGUCCACAAACCUCCAACGCCGCCCUCCAGUAAUUUGAACAACAAUGCCGUCGUACAGAGUCAGAAUAAAAAAGAUAUUGAAGUUGUAGCGAUUGACUGCGAAAUGGUCGGCAUAAAUCCCGAUGGACGGCAAAAUAUGUUGGCUCGUGUUUCAAUUGUAAACUCUAAAGGCAAAACCAUUUACGAUAAGUUUGUCAAGCCCACAGCGACAGUGACAGAUUAUCGUACCCCGGUGAGCGGCAUUCGACCUGAAAAUAUUGAACACGGGGAGGUAUUUGUCAAAGUUAAAAAAGAAGUCACCCAAAUACUCAAAAACAAAUUAUUAGUAGGUCAUUCACUAGAACAUGACUUGAGGGUAUUGACGAUUUCACACCCCAAACAUAUGAUUAGAGACACCUCAAAAUACUGGCAAUUCAAGCAAUUGACGGAAGGUCAACUACCAGGUCUAAAACAAUUGGCAUUACAUUUUCUUGGAGCUAGCAUACAGGAAGGAGAACACAGUUCUGUUCAAGACGCCAAGGCAGCACUACGGUUGUACAUGCUGGCUCGGAAAGAUUGGGAAUUAUUGUUAAAAAAAAGAAGAAGCCGUCCUAGAAAUAGAAAUAAACCACAAAACAAAUCGCAGGGAAAGCAUAAAUAG